CAGGAUGCCACCGACCAACUCAACUCCCCAUGCCGGGGGUCUUAGUGCAAAUGCUUUGGACACCUCAAUGGAGCCUCCACUCAACGUCACGACUCUUUUCACGUGGAAACCACCGACAAUGCGCGUGUUUAACCCAACUCUGGAACCCUUGAAAACAGACUUCCUUCACUCCGAUGUCGCUGCAAACUCUUCGUAUCUCAAUAACGAGACAACUGCAACUCCAACGACUGAGUAUGAAAGUCUAGGCGCCUUCUGUGAGUUUAAUUCGAUUGACAAUAUGACGUAUCUUUUUGGAGGAAUAGGGAUCGCACUGGCGCUUCUUCUCUCGUUUGCAGCGCAAAGAAAUCGACUCCGGCUUGACAUCCUACACGGACGACCUGCGUUGUUGAUACCCGUCAACCUGCUUGAGGGCAGGUCCAACCGUCACGUGUACGUUUUAGCCUUCAGCGCAAUGACGUAUCAGGUCCUACUGCUGGUAUUCAAAUCAUUUACCGGGACGAGCAGCAACCCUUGGACGAAAACAUUCGUGGCCGUUGCCUACGUUUUUCUCUUCUGCGGAGGAUUCAGUAUAAUAGUCAUGGCGAUCGAGCCUCCGCAUCGCCUUCUAGGCUACAGUCUUGGCAUCGUCUACUCUUUGUUUUGGGCAAUAUAUCGUCUCUUUUAUCACUUUAAGUGCGACACGACGGGAAUAGGCGUCGCUCCAGAUGUACUUCUUGCUCUUCCGGAUCUAUGCGUCAUCUACGUUGUUGUCUGGUUUGGCUACAAGCUCGUGCGCGAGAUCAUGUGGGUGACAGAAGGUAAAUCGAAAUCGUCGACAUUUCGCGAAGAUCCUCCGUACCAAAUGGAGUAUGUGAGACGCACCCUGGCUAAGCCAAAGAUUGAGGUCAAAGAUAAGCAGAAGAAAUCGUGGGUAGCGCGCUUUAUUACCAAACACAUUUAUGAAUGGGAUCCAACCUUCAAGUACUCCACACGAAUGCUCAUCACUGUUGCUGUAUCAGCAGUAGCACUAUGGGAGUUGACUGUAGCUGUUUCUACGUUCUCUCAUCUUCUCACUGACCCACUGCAAAGUAUCGAUUUCAGUGAUAGUCAAUCUUCGAGCAGUGAAAUGAGCCACAAUUCUAUGACUCUGAACCCCUCGACUCCAACCCCUAUGGGCGCCCAUUCUGAUCCCAACGGACAAGGACGUGGCACCGCAACAUCGACGCCAAUGCUUACCGCUGCCGACUGGGCAAGAUUGAGACGUGAUUUUAAUGCUUGCUUAUCCCUAGGAGUGGACGCUAUAAGAGAACUGGGAUACGCAUCUUGUGACUACAAGAAUGAAACGUUGAUCUAUUAUGAUGACAACGGAAGGGUUGCUAAAAGAAUUUUCAUUUCAAAUCCAUUUUCCACUCUAGCACCCACUCCAACUGCUGACACCACCAACAACAAUAACAACAACAUCAACAGCAAUGAUGACAAUACCGGUUCUGAAACGAAAGGCGGCGAAUCCGGUGUCAAGAGUGCGAUCGACAAAUUGCUCGAUUUUGCCAAAGAUUUUAUAAAGUUCUUUGCGCGUGCUUUUCCCGUUUGUAUCGGAGUGUCGAUUGCAUUCAGUACAACCAUUGUAGCUCUGCAUCUGCCUCAUUUGCUGAAAUGUUACAGGAAGCACAUGAAGCGUUUGUAUCGUGGCGAAAAGUUUUUCCUUCCCAGCUCAAACAAGGCACCAAUCAAACUUGUGUCAGCCUCCUUGAAAUAUUCGGGAUUCCAGAUUGGCUACAUCGUUUGGGGAUGGGUGGUUAUGCUGGUCGUUCUGUUUUUCACUUCCCUGGUUAUUGCCGUGCUCUUCAAGUACGAGCUAGUGUCGUGGGGCCUUGUGAAAGGCUUUCUACCAACAAUAGUUUUCACAAUAAUUAUUCUAGUCGCCCAAUUUGUUCUCGCCAAGUUCGUUCUACUUCAAGACCGAGGGUCUUCCUUGGGUGUCAACAACAGGCGUCUCUUUCAUAUGUUUGGCUAUUUCUUCUUUUUCUACAACACUCUGAUUGGAAUAUUUUCCGCGCUGCGCAGGCUGAUCACGAGUCUGGUGCUGGGAACUAUCAUGCUUGAUCGCCUCGAUCGAUCCACUCUCCCCCGAGGCUGGGAAUCCCUCGACAAGGGCUUUAAGAGCUACGUCAGUUUCAUUGUAAUGGAACACGAGUUCUGUAAUCCGUAUGUGGCUACAUUCAUCUAUCUUCUGCAACAGAGUCGAAAUAAACAGUCCAACAAACAAACUGAGCUGGUGAGUGCCCACACAAAUUCCGGUGGUUUUAUUACCCACAAGUCGCGUCUCAAUCGCAACAGAUGGCUGGUCGCCUACACGCUCAUCAAUAAUCCUGCCCUGCUGGCCAACCGUCGCGUCGACAAGCUGGAGCGUGCUAGUCUCAUCACUCGCAGUCUGAGCAAGACUGUAAGUGUCAACAGCACUACAGCCCUAGAAACCGUUCUCCUAGAAGAAGACUACUUGGACAAGCCCCCACACAAUAACGUAUUCUAACGGACUAGUCAUUAUUCCAUCUUCUUUCAGACUUUUAUUUCUAUUUUUUGUUCAUGCAUGGCGGUGUAGUCAUUCAGCUGCUGCAUGUUAGUCGCUGGUUUGCUUGCUUGCUUGGAGAGCUGUAACAGUACGGUGCACAAAGAGCACGAAUGCGUCAAGAAAGGUAAAGAGCCUAUGCAUCACGC